AUGAGCUUAUCUCUGAGUCUGUGGAGGAGAAAGCAGGUGUGGAUACAAUGGAAUCAGUCCUUAGGGAUCUGGACGAUUGGAGUGAUGAUGAUGAGCAUGAGGAAGAAUCUGUGGAGAAGGUAUCAGAAAUCAAGGCUCGCUACUAUGAGGAGCUGGGCACUAGUGCGACAAAACCAGUAUCAUCUUUGACACAGUCCCCGGUGCUAGAACUUAAACCAUUGCCUAGCCAUUUAAAAUAUGCCUAUCUUGGAAUAGAUGAUACUUUGCCAAUAAUUAUCUCUUCUUCCUUGACAGGUGAUCAGGAGCAACAGCUCCUAAGCGUGCUGAGAGAGCACAAGGAGGCAAUAGGAUGGACUAUUGCAGAUAUCAAAGGGAUCAGCCCUUUGAUUUGCACUCACAGGAUAAUGUUGGAAGCUGAGUGCAAACCCAUAGUGCAACCACAGAGGCGACUUAACCCAACUCUCAAAGAGGUAGUGAAGAAAGAAGUGCUUAAACUGUUGGAUGCAGGUAUUAUCUAUCCUAUCUCAGAUAGUAAAUGGGUUAGUCCUGUUCAAGUAGUGCCCAAAAAGGGUGGUAUGACUGUGGUUAAAAAUGAGGUCAAUAAAUUAAUCCCGACUCGUACUGUGACUGGGUGGAGAGUUUGUAUAGAUUACAGGAAACUAAAUGAUGCUACCCGUAAAGACCAUUUCCCCCUCCCCUUCAUUGAUCAGAUGCUAGAAAAACUUGCAGGGCAUGAUUAUUAUUGUUUUCUAGAUGGUUAUUCUGGUUACAAUCAGAUUCAUAUAGCACCCGAGGACCAGGAGAAAACCACAUUUACUUGUCCUUAUGGCACUUUUGCCUUUAGGAGAAUGCCUUUCGGUCUCUGUAAUGCACCUGCCACUUUCCAGAGGUGCAUGAUGUCUAUAUUUUCUGACAUGUUAGAGAAUUUUAUUGAAAUAUUUAUGGAUGAUUUCUCUGUUUUUGGGAAGUCAUUUGAAUCUUGUCUGACAAAUUUAGGCUGUGUGCUUAAAAGAUGUAAGGAGACUAAUCUGCUUCUGAACUGGGAGAAAUGUCAUUUUAUGGUAAGAGAGGGUAUAGUCUUAGGUCACAAGGUGUCAAAGAAAGGGAUUGAAGUUGAUCGAGCAAAAGUGGAGAUAAUAGAGAAGUUGCCACCACCCACUUCAACAAAAGGAGUAAGGAGCUUCUUAGGACAUGCUGGCUUCUACAGGAGAUUUAUCAAGGACUUUUCUAAAAUCUCUAGACCUCUUUGUAAUUUACUUGAAAAAGAUUCUGCUUUUGUUUUUAAUGACAAUUGUUUGCAGGCAUUCAAUUUAUUGAAGGAGAAACUCACUUCUGCACCAGUGAUCGUUGCACCUAAUUGGGAGCUUCCGUUUGAGCUGAUGUGUGAUGCCAGCGACUAUGCUGUAGGAGCAGUACUUGGGCAAAGGAGAGGUAAGGUAUUUCAUGCAAUAUACUAUGCUAGUAGAACUUUAAAUGAGGCCCAAAAGAACUAUGCCACAACUGAAAAGGAGCUUUUAGCAGUCAUAUUUGCAUGUGACAAGUUUCGGCCUUAUCUGAUAGGUUCUAAGAUCAUAGUAUACACAGACCAUGCUGCCCUGAAAUAUUUGUUUGCCAAAGCUGAUGCUAAACCUAGGCUAAUUCGUUGGAUUCUACUGCUACAAGAAUUUGACCUGGAAAUUAGAGACACAAAGGGAACUGAAAAUGUAGUGGCUGAUCACUUAUCCCGUUUGGAAUCUGAUUGUUUAGAUUCACCCAUUAAUGAAAAGUUCCCUGAUGAACAAUUGCAUGUAGCAGAAAUCCAAGGAUUACCUUGGUAUGCUGAUAUAGUCAAUUACAUGGUUAGCAACAUCACACCAUAUGGUUUGUCAUCUCAACAGAAAAAGAAAUUUUUGCAUGAUGUGAAAUACUAUUUUUGGGAUGAACCAUAUCUGUUUAAAUAUUGUGCUGACCAAGUAAUUAGACGCUGUGUGCCUGAAACUGAGACUUGUGGACAGGUUGAGGUGUCCAAUAGGGAAAUAAAGCGUAUCUUAGAGAAAACAGUCAAUGCAUCUAGGAAAGAUUGGUCUUUAAAACUUGAUGAUGCAUUGUGGGCUUACAGGACAGCUUUCAAAACCCCCAUAGGAAUGUCCCCAUACAAGAUUGUUUAUGGUAAAUCAUGUCACCUACCAGUAGAGCUUGAGCACAAAGCAUAUUGGGCCAUAAAAUACCUUAACUUUGAUUUACAAGCUGCAGGUGAAAAGAGAUUGCUCCAAUUGAAUCAGAUGGCUGAGAUGAGAGAGGAAGCAUAUGAAAAUGCUAGGAUAUACAAGGAGCGAGCCAAGCGAUGGCAUGAUAGGAACAUCCUAAAGCGAGAGUUUUUGCCUGGUCAUAAAGUCCUAUUAUACAACUCUCGCUUGAAGUUGUUCCCAGGUAAGUUAAAAUCUCGAUGGUCUGGACCAUUUGUUAUUUCUAAUGUUUUUCCCUAUGGUGCAGUUGAGCUGAAGUCAGAAGAUGACCGCACUUUUAAAGUAAACGGUCAUCUUCUCAAGCAUUACUUUGAAGGGGAAAAUAUUGAUGGUGAUGCCACUACGGUGGAUCUAGCAAAUUCGGUUGAAGAAUUGGAAAAGUCGAACUAGCGACUAUAAACUAAGUGCUUCAUGGGAGGCAGCCCAU